AUGGCGUCUGAGAAAAAGGACACCGGUGACGUUUUAAAGGAGCAGAAUGUACUUCAUCGAAUCCGCAAUCUUCGAUCUGUCAGUGCCGCUCUGGAAUCCAUCGAGAAGACAUACAUCCAUACGAAGCAGUCUCAUCCCAUUAUAAACUCUGUGUUUGGGAUGUAUGAGAAAGGUGUGAGUAAGGCUGGCAGCUUGGUUGUAUGGAGCAUUCAGCCUGCCCUCCAUGUACUGGAGCCCCAGCUUGUAGCAGCCAACUCAUUGACCUGCAGAGGACUGGACCACCUGGAGGAGAAGGUACCAGCCUUGCAGUAUCCACCUGAAGAGCUAACAGCAAGCAUCAAGGAGCUGGUGUCAUCAACUUUGGAAACUGCCAAGGAUAGUGUUACCUGUUUAAGAACUGCUUUCUGUCCCUCCAUUGACCGCUACGCAACUGACACUUUCAAGUCCCAGAAAGAUGUCUUCUCAAGAGAAAACUCAGUCCUAAGAGUUAUACUGACAGAAGGGGACAUAAGGAAGGUCUCCCUGGCCAAGAAGCCUGAUUCAGUUGACAGCUUGGUUGUUGCUUUAAAAGAGAGUUUGGGGCUUAAUUAUAACUUUUCGCUUCAGUAUGAAGAUCAGGACUUUGGGAAUGCACUUUGCAACCUAACAGACAUAUCAGAGCUUCAAGAUAGAGCUACACUGAAAAUCAUUCCUAUAAUUGAACUAGUACCAUUUAAUCAAGAGGAAGUACUGGAUGACUCUGCAAGUACAGCCGACACAGAGACACUUUCUACCUCAUCACAGGAAAGGAAAACACAAUGGCCAAAAGAAUUUGAGAUCCCUUCCUUCACAGUUGAUGUUGAAUACCGCCUGCGACAGGGCAACCUGGCCUACCUCAAAGACAGCACAUACCUCAAACUGACCAAAGAACUAAAGCAUGACAUCCUGGAAAAACUGGCUGAAACCAUGUUCAGCUUCAAAGCCUAUCCAACAAAUGAUGACUAUGCUCAGGUUGCUGCUGCUCUGGUAAAUAAGCAUCCAUGUCUUCUGGAAAGUGGUUCAUCUACUGGGUAUGGGGGGUGGAAGAACAGUCUAAAAUUCAAAAUGGGGAAUUUUAGAUCCAAGAUGAGAAACUUGGGAUACCCUGAUGUAACCAUUAAUGGAGGAAGGAGAGGCAUGAACAACCCUGAAGGAAUCCCAUCAAGAAAACACAUAAAAAAGCCAAAGAAAUGUGAAAUCAACUUUCUGCCAAACUUUCCAGGACAUAAUGAUGACAGCCUUUAAUCGGUUCGUAAAGAAACUCAAGAAGAAAUGAAGAUGAGAACACCCAGUCCAUCCCUUCUUGCACAACAGAUGGACCUGACUUUUGCGCUUCGGCGUAAAGAGAUUGUUGAGUCCGCAC